AUGGUGGUGGCUGGUGGUGCGCGUCGCCGCUUUGUGGAGGACUACCUGACCCCCUACAACGCCUACUCCGCCACCCACACCCUCCAGCUCGUGCAGCAAUGGCUGCACGAGCACGACUAUGUGCAGGCCCUCGCGGCUCUGGAGAGCGAAAGUGGGGUGAGCUACACGGCGGAGGGGCUUCAGCGGAGUGGGCAGCUAGCCAGCAUCCUCACGGAGCACCACGAGCUGCAGCUCGCCAUGCAGGGCGAGGACGAGGCGCGCAAGACCCAUCUGGAAGAGCUCCUGGCUGGCGGCAGCGGGCGGUUCGUGAAUUCGAUGUCGGCGUCGCUGGACAACCUCCACCCGGGCAAGCCCGUGCUCGCGGUCGCGUUUUCGCCCGACCCCGAGAAGACGUGGCUAGCGACGGGGAGCGCCGACAAGACCAUCCGCAUCACCGACUACGAAUCGCACGCCCACAUCGCCACCUUUGACCACCACCAGGCCGGCGUCAUCAGCAUCGCCUUUAGCCCCGUUCAGCCGGAUCAGCUCCUGUCCGGCUCGAUGGACGGAACGGCCUCGCUCGUCAGCGUGGCCUCGUCGAGUGUCCAGCAGCGCUUCUCCGACCACAGAAAGUAUGUGGUGUGCACGGCGUGGCAUCCGGAAGGCCGGUACUUCGCCACGGGCUCAUACGAUCACACCGUGUGCCUCUACGAGAAAAGGCCUGUGUGGGUGGUGCAUCGAUGCAUGCUGACCUCCUGUCGCUGCCACCGCCACCACCACGUGGUGGAACGCCAUCAGGACGGUAAACUGCUGCUCGUGGCCGCACGCGAGGACAACUACCUCCACUGCGUGGACAUGGACACGCUGGCCGAGUGGAAGCUCAACAUGAACGCCAACCAAGACGACCACGUCUCCUUCUCGGCCCUCCACGUAACGUCCGACGCGGCCUCCAAGUACCUCCUCGUCGCCACCGGUACGGAUGCCCCUCCCCCCUCCCUCCCCGGGGUGCGCAACUUCUACGGGUCCUCGAACGACGUCUUCAGCCAGCCCCGCAUCGCCUUCGACCCCACCGCCAAGUAUGUCUACUGCGUACACAGCGCAAGCCAAAAGGUGCACGUGUACGACGUGGCCUCGGGAGAAAGCUCCGUCCACAAGAACNCCGGGCACUCAGCGACCAUUAGGGACAUGCACCACCAUCCGCGAGAAAACUGCCUGGCCACGGCCUCGUUCGAUCGAACGGUGAAGCUCUGGACCCACGCCGAGCAGGACUGA